AUGCGUCGGACCACCAGAGGCCAAGCUCAAGCUCAAGUGCAAGCGGAAUUCAACAAUCGACCUAAGAAAACCAAUCAAACCAAACGUCACCGUGUCAACUCGCAACCUCGCCCUGAUGAUAUUCGACCACCAUCUCCACCUCUUACCCAGCCUACUCGCACAAUUGAUCCCCAACCAGCCACUGCCGAGCUUGAACUUCACAAAGUCACCGUUCACAACUACAAUCUACAGAAGCAAUUCUGGCCUUUACCGCGCAUUGAGGAACAACUCGCCAGGCAAUCCCCCAUUAACAACAGUAAACCGAGUCCCCUGAUUGUUGCCGAGGCAACCGCCCUUUACACGGCUUUUAUUCAUAGCAUCAACAUGCUUGCCAUGGUUGGUGAAGUUAGUGUUGACACUUUGAAACGCAAGGUUGGAAUUCUUAAUGGCAGUCGGGAGGGAAAUCCGUGGCUUCGUUUCCUUUCCUUUGCCAAAGCUGCCAACACUAUAGCAAUGCCUGCACGAAACGAUCCCAAUGCUAGUGAAAUUCUGAGCAGAAGGAACUCAGCCAAUCGUCGGGCAUACGAAGCUUUAACUGACGAUGAGAAUCUGGUCUUCUCGUCCCGAAUCUUCUUUGCUUUAGGAGGCUAUCCGGAUUAUUCGGCAAUCCGAGUUGCUGAUCAUCAGACCUCUGGCGAUUUCGAAGUACUCAUACCUGAGGUGCCCAAGCUUACCGAAGAAGAAGAACAACGUUUCCGACCACUUUAUGAUGAUCUUGUUGACACAACCAAGGUGGCCAAAGACCGCGAGCAUAACAAAGCUCCUUCGGCUGGCCAAAUGGAGCAACGAUCGUUACAAGCUUUCAAAAAAAGAGCACAUCAGCUAAACCAGGAGGCCAUCUUAACAAACUUCGAUUUUUACAUCAUCGCCUCCAGCAAAACUCUUGGUCCUGGCUGGUGUGAAGAGGCAACUACUCGGCCUGAGAUUAGUAAGUGGUUGAAGCGGCGUCACAACUUCCAGGCAAUAUUCCCAAUCUACUCUCAAUCGAAGUUGGACACUAUCGAGGACGUGGACGCCGCGGCUGCUGAAGAGGACGCUGAGUCAGAUGUCCAAAAGCGACGCCGCGUAAACAAGUGUGAUCUUGAGAAGGCUCAGCUCACAGAGCUGAUCUCUCUAAACAUAGUGAACGCGCUGGGUCAUGCGCCACCAAACGGAAUUCCUCGAGGCCCUGAUCCGGUGGCCGCAUUCAAGAAGAACAAGAUCAAUGUCAACUUUGAGCGUAGUCCCGAUUCAGCAAUGACCGACGACGAAUUCAUACGUGGCUUUGAUGGGAUGAAGACUUUGGGUCGACGCCAUUGGAUUGAAGACUUCACCAAUGGGAAGUUCAAGAUUGUGAAGCAGGUCCCACAAGCAACUCCUGUACCGUCUAACCCUGGUGAUAACACUGAAUCUACAGACUCGUCUAACAAUGGUAAUAACUCAGCUGGCGGUAACAAUGAAGUUAACACUGGUAAUAACUCAGCUGGUGGCAACAAUGAAUCUACAAACUCGUCUACUAAUGGGAAUGCAGGUUGUGGGAUGUCUUAA